AUGAAUGUGUUUAAGUGUUUGUUUUUGCGCAAGAAUAAGAAGUCUGCCUCAAAGGACAGAGGCUUGAGUUUUAAACCAAAGUCAAAGGCGAAGAAGGUCCCUGCCAUUGCCGACUCAAAUAACAUCAACUCUAAUAUUUUAAGCGGAAUUUACGUUGAGGACGUCAGUGUUCUUAGAAUUGACGACAAACCUCUUGCUAAUCUUGAGGAACUGCCUUUGUGUGCCAACGCUUCUGAGGUUCAAUCUGGCGACAGCAACUGUGCCACCCAUGAGAUCGCGGACGUCGACUCCAUCACCUCCACGGUCGCUGACGACAGCGUUAGCGCCGAUCAGACUGUGAGCGUUAGUGAGACCGUUAGCGCCGAUGAGACUGUUACCACUGAUGAGACUGCCAGCGUUAGUGAGACCGUGAGCGUUAGCGCCGAUGAGACUGUCGGCGUUAGUGAGACAGUUGGCACCAAUGUGACUGUCAGCAUUAACGGGACCGUCGACGGCACUGAUAUCACCAUCACCUCCAGUGACGGCAUCACCACUGAGGCCACUGAUGACGACUCCCUCGAUGCUGACAUUCAGACUCUACCUGCUGUUACCAGGGACAUGUGCAACAUCGACAGCGUCGCUGGCAUCGAGGAGGUUUUAAACCAGAUCAUCAAGGAGCUCAACAAGAUAAUCAUUGAGCGCGAGAGGCUGAGGCGGAAGCUGAAGCUGAAGGGCAACUCGUACAAGAUUGUUGCCAGGAAGUUCAACACUCUACUCAACAACAGGGCCUACAAGCCAAUCAAAAUGGCUUAA